AUCUCCAUAUUAUUGGUUCGUUGUCAGAGCGCUGUGAACCCGAAAGCAUAGACUUGUGCUGAGUGAAGCAGAGCGGUAUUGCGUGCGAGGUACUCGAUAGUGAUAAUCUUUCACUAUUGCUACCUAGUAGCUUAUCAUGACCAUCACCGUCCCAAUCGACGAUCGCCAUCAAAAUGGAACCCACGGCACCCUAUCGGACGGCAUCUUCAACAAUGGUUUCGUGCUGGACGAUAUACGUGGAAUGAAACAAAACGGUGCCAACGAACACCAUCACAAUGGCAACCACCACGGACACGAUCACCACUACCACGUCCACCAUCAUCACCUCCGAGAGAAACCCGGACACGACUACACGGACGAUGUGAUCACAAGCCACGGUGUCCAACCGCACCACAAGACGACCUAUCUGGAAACGAUGACGCACCUGCUCAAAGGUAACAUCGGAACCGGUUGCUACGCAAUGGGUGAUGCGUUCAAAAAUGGAGGCCUUAUUCUAGCGCCGGUACUUACCGUAUUUCUUGGAUUCAUCUGCGUGCACUGUCAGCACGUUCUGCUCAAUUGUGCCAGUAAGCUUCAUCUCGAUCAGCAAACCAAAGGCCAUCCACCGGAUUAUGCGGAAACGGUUGGACUUUGCUUCAAAACCGGUCCUCCCCGGUUUCGACGCUUUGCUAAACCGAUGAAGAUGGCGGUGAAUAUUUUCAUCUGUGUAACGCAGCUGGGCUUUUGCUGUAUAUAUUUUGUCUUCAUCAGCUCGAAUUUCAAACAGAUCUUCGAUCGCUACGACCUGACCCUUGACGUACACUACCACAUGGCUCUUCUACUGAUCCCCAUCAUUCUAACCGCAAUCAUUACCAAGUUAAAAUUUCUAUCCUACUGUUCAAUGAUUGCCAACAUCUUCAUGUCCCUAGGCAUAGGCAUCACCUUUUACUACGCUGGACAAGAUCUUCCUCCGCUAACGGAUCGUCGCUUCGUUGCCAACUGGGAUCAGCUACCUCUGUUUUUUGGUACAGCAAUUUUUGCCUUCGAAGGGAUCGCCCUGGUCCUUCCACUUCAGAACGAAAUGAAACAGCCUCAGGAUUUCAGCAAAACAUUUGGCGUACUGAAUCUCGGUUCGGUGUUUAUCGUAGCGCUUUUCACCAGCUUCGGUUUUGUAGGUUACCUCAAGUGGGGCGAAGAUGUGGAAGGAACCAUGACGCUGAAUCUGCCGGAUGGUGAGAUUUUGGCCGAAAGCGUCAAGGUAAUGAUCGCACUUGGUGUAUUGCUGGGGUACGCCUUGCAAUUCUUCGUGGCGAUUGCCAUUAUGUGGCCAUCGGUGCAGUGUCGCUUGAACAUCACCAAGCACAAGACAGCGGCCGAGAUGGGUUUCCGGGUGGUGAUGGUAUUUGUCACGUUCGUCAUCGCCGAAUGCGUUCCAAAGCUUAGCCUGUUUAUCUCGUUGAUCGGUGCACUGUGUUCGACGGCGUUGGCGCUGAUGUUUCCACCGAUUAUCGAACUGAUCGUGGCGUACUCGGACGCAGAACAGAAAGUGGGUUCGUUUUUAUUGGCUAAAAACAUUUUCAUUCUGCUACUGGCGUUACUGGGGUUCUUCACUGGAAGCUACGAAAGUUUGACAAAAAUAAUUCAAGGGCUGUUAUGAGUUACUUUAGUGGAAGCUGUGCCGUGUAAUUGUUGUUUAGUUUUAACAUUAUUGAUAUUUUAUUUAUUUGUUUUGUU